UUGUACAACGUGGAACAGCUGAUCAGCUGAACCGUGCGGUUGAAUUAGUUUUAUAAUUUUUCUGUAUAACUGUUUAUACAAUACUUUAAGAAAAAUAAAUUAACAAUUUGCUCAAAAUGUCGAAAAUAAUGUCUAUGGGCGUAAAAGCUUGUUCACCUGCACGCAUUUUUCUUCGAUUAAACACAACUCCAGCCGUUACCAAUGUCUCAGUUCAAACGCAUAUGGAGCAGCGGCAACAGUUUCAUCUUACGCCAUCCUGUAGUGAAAUACGAAAAUUGGCAAGGCUGCGUGUUGUGGACAACAGCGAAAUAGGAAAACGUGCUAUGGCAGAGGGUAAACCACCACGCUGCAUUCACGUCUACAAUAAACGCUCUGUAGGUUAUAUUGGAGAUAAGGUGUUAGUUGCCAUCAAAGGGCAAAUGAAAAAGGGAAUAUUAGUUGGAUUGAAACAAAAUCAGAAACCGAAAAUUCCUAAGUUUGAUAGCAACAAUAUAGUGCUAAUUGAUGAUAAUGGUAGCCCACUGGGAACACGUAUACACGUUCCAGUUCCAACAAUACUACGAACAAUACUAAAAGAAAAAACUCAGGCCAAGGGAGCAGAUUACACUAAAGUUCUAGCUAUAGCAAGCAGAUUUGUUUAAUUGGUUCUCGCUGUUAAUACAUACAAAUAAAAAAUAUUCUUAAAUUCUAUGUUAAAA